AUGCCGCGGCGACGACCACGGCCGGUCUGGCACCUGAACAAGGUCAUUGGCAAACUGCGGGAGCUGCGCGGAGACAAAGAGGUUGACUUGGCUGUGGAGAAUGCCAAGCUGCGGAAGGCGCUGCGGAAGGUCUACGCAUCGCGGGCAGAGGCCGAGGAGGCGGCAGCGGCGGCGGCGGUUGAGCGCGAUGAGGCUAUGGCUGCGCGAGAGGCUGCCGAGAAGGAGGCUGCCGCUGCUGCUGCCCGUAUGGAAGCAGUCAUGGCCGAAGACGCUGCAGAGCGGGCCCGGCUUCGCGACGAGAUGCUUGCCUGGCGCCGCAGGGCCGAGGUCGCCGAGGCCGAGAUCGCCCGCGCGCCGGCGGAGGCUCUGGCGGCGUCCGAAGCGCUGCACGCCGGCAAGGACGCACUCAUUACCCGGCUGAUGGCCAAGGUAGAGAACAAGCGAAACCAAGUUCUGCUGCUCCGUGGCAAUCUGCGCGCCGCCCUGGACGUGGUCAACGCGUGGGCGGCGGCGGCCGGGAUGGCGGCGCCGAUGGCGGCGGCCGCCCCCGCGCGUAGCCUCCCGCGACCGGCCAAGAACGAGCUCUGGCCCGGCCUGGAGGUCCAGUCGCGGUCAGGCCUCACCUCGCUGUAUCUUGCCGCGCUGCUUGGCCAGACCCAGGUCGUAGCGCUGCUGCUGGCGCACGGCGCCGAGCCCGCCACCAGGGUUGGCCCGUACGCCACCACUGCGCUGCACGGAGCCGCCGCCAACGGCCACCUCUCGACAGUCUGUCUGCUACUGGAGGCCGGAGCGAGCCCGUUGGCUCGCGACGUCAAGGGCCGCACCCCUUUGAGCCUGGCCACCGAGGGCGGGCACGCCGACGUUGUCGCUGUCCUCCUUGAGAAGCGCGGCGACGUGCCGCUCCCGCCGCCGGACCUCGAUCCCACCCGUCACAUUGCACCGGUCGCCUCAUCGGCACUGCAAAGCCGCCUGACCAAAGCACUGCGGAUUGGCGGGCGCCUCAAGCGCGGUGCUGAGCCGUCCGGCGCUCACGCCUGCCUCCAUACCUCGAUGAUUUCGGCCGAAGCGUAUCUGGCCGAGAUGGCCCAGAUCGAUCCGGUGCUGCUCUCCAGCCUCGGCUGGGAUCCCCAGGCGAGGACUUUUGUUGCUGCCCGCAUGUCGGACGAGUGGCGCGAGGUGCUUGUCUCGGCGGGCGUCGCUGCCGACGAACUGAACGAUGUCGAGACUCUGGCCUUUGUCACCGAGUUUGCCGAGCAGCAUGGCGUGAGCGCAUCGCCCAAGCGUGGUGCGUCGCGCUCGCCGUCGCGCCGCAUUCGCCGCUCACGCUCGCGCUCGGUCCAGCCGCGCUCACCGUCAGCCUCGCCCAUCGCUCGCUCGGGCACGCCGCCUUUCGGUGCUACCGCUACCGCUGCCGCCCCGCUAGCCCCUCCUCCUCCGCCGCCGCCGCCGCCACCGCCGCCGCUCCCUGCCGCACUCACGCACACUGCGGCUCCGCCGCCGCCACCGCCACCACCUCUGCCGUCGUCAGCAACGGCUCGCGCACCGACCGCCCUGCCGCCGCCGGCUGCGCCGUCGACGCCCACAGUUCCCGGCCGCGCAUCGAUCAUGGCUUCGAUUGUCGCCCACGAGGGCAUUGCCUCGCUCCGCAAGGUCUCGCCCUCUGCGCGGCAAAAGGCCAAGGCCAAGGCUGCUGCACAAGACAAUUCGUUUGUAGGCGCGCUCUCCCGCGCCCUCAUCGACCGACGCUUCGGCAUCGUCGACUCGGAUUCAGAAGCCGACUCGGACCGCACCAGCGACUCUGGCGGCAUCACCGGCGCCGACUCGGAGUGGGCAUGCUCCGACUGGUACUAGACCAGGCCACCUCGUUACCCAACCGACCACUGUACUACUACACAUCAAAUCCUCCUUGCAACUCA